AUGGCGUCAAAGAGCGGCUGGACCGAGUCUACAGACAACCUCGCCAACGUGCCGAGGGUCGAAACCCCAGAAGCCCUGGUGGUAGGGUCGUCGCAGUUGUUCGAUGGAAACGUUAUUCGAUUUGUGCCAAUGCCCACGCCGGAUCCCAAGGAUCCGUUGAACUUGCCAACAUGGAGAAAAUGGGUCGCCAUCGCAGCACUUUGUUUCUUUGGUUCUCUGGCUCUCGCCGCCGAGUUCAUUGUGGGCGCGUUGGUGCCUGUUUUCGUACUGGAGUACUCCGGCAUUGACCCUCACAUUCUCAGCCAGAUCGAUAUUUCGGCAUUGAACAAGCCCGGCGAAGUCACCUUGGACCCCGUCAAGAUUCUUGCUGGUCUGGGGGGUCCGCCUCUUUACCAGGUCGCACUGCUAGCUUCCGUGCCGCUGCUUGUCAACGGCCUCAGUUCCUACAUCCUCGUGCCGCUCUCGAUCGGUAUCGGCCGUCGACCCGUGCUUCUGCUUUCUGGUUUGCUUGCAUGGACCGGUGGUCUCUGGGCUGGUUUCUCCCAGGGCCUCGGAAGCCAUCUGGCUGCCCGCUGCUUCCAAGGGUUUGGUGCGGGUGCUGUCGAGGCCUUGAUUCCCUUGAUUAUCCAGGAUAUGAUGUUCAUUCACCAGCGCAACAAGGCCAUCUCUUCCGUUGGUGCAUCUCAGGGUCUCCUCGUCGUGAGCUUGGGUAUCAUGAGUCCCAUCAUUGUUUCUCGUCUGUCUUGGCGCUUCAUCUAUUGGAUCACCUCCGGUGUUGGCGUUCUCGCUUGGUUUGGCCUCAUCUUUCUCGUACCCGAGACCCGUUGGAUUCGCAGCGACGACGAGCUUGCCGGUAAGGAGGUCUACCCUCUCCGCCCUGGUGAAACCCGCCCUCGCAUCGAUGAGGUGGCCUUCCGCCCUCGCUCCAACUGGGAUGAGUUCGGCCUCUUCAACUAUGGCUACGAAUGGAAGGAGGCGAAACAAUCCACCAUCGACAUGCUCAAGACAACCUUAUUCCCCAACAUCAUCUGGGUCAUCAUCAUCAACUCGAUCCUGGUCUCCAUGCAGGGUGCCGCGGGCCAGGUCGCUUCUUCGCUUCUCAUCGCUGCUGGCUGGAAGUUCGAAACGCUCGGUUUCGCUGUCAUUCCCAUCGUCAUCGCCAGUCCAUUUGUCUGGCUCUUUGGCGGUUAUAUCGCUGACAAGAUCUCCAAUUGGAUUGCCAAGCGCAACGGUGGUCGACGCGAGCCCGAGGCCCAUCUCAUUAGUCUGGUAUUCCCGCUUCUGGCUUCCGUCGUUGGGCCAAUUCUGUUCGGCUACGCCGGAGAGCACAUCCGAGAGCUCCCGUCUAUUGUUGUGUUGGUGUCCAUUUUCUUCAUCGGUUUCGGCUUGUUGACGGCCAACACCAUCUUUGCCGUCUACUUGGUUGAGAGUUAUCCACGAUAUGCCGGUCCUGUGCUUGUCAACGUCUCCUCGUCCCGUCUCAUCAUCGGUUUCAUCAUGUCCUUCAACAUCACCACGUGGAUCGAGCAGCUCGGCUUCUUCAAAAAUUUUGGCAUCUACAGCGCCGCCCUGGCCGGGGUUUCCAUGCUCUUGCCCGUCAUGUAUAAGUACGGCAAACCGAUGCGCGCCUGGACCGGCGGCCGUCUUGAGCCCACCGUCAAGCCCGCCAAGGUUUUGGAAGAAGACGACCAGUACUGGAAGAGCACCGAGCAAUCGGGUCAGUGGCAGGACGAGAAGAUGGGAACUCCCAUCGGUGUCGCUCGGCCUAUGUAA